AAUAUUUUACUUAUCUUGUAUGGCUUAUAAAAUUGUCGCAUCUGUUUCUAUGCGAUUGCCAGACGAAAAUAAAGUCAAGUGUCAGUGCUAACAGUGAAGCAAAUAAACUGGAACAUAAAUAAACAGUUUAACCAUAAUGAUGUACAAUUUUCAUCAAUAGAGUAGAAUUUUGAUGAAAAGUGCAAAUCAUACAACUGUUGAAUAAAAAAAAAGGUGAUAUGGCUGAUGCCGCUGCUGCUAGACGAGAAGCCCGAAAGAGGCGUAUUUUAGAAAAUUCGGAAAAUCGUAUGCAUAAAAUUUUCGGAGUAUGCAAAAAUGAAUUAAAUGACGAAAGAUUGGAAAGUGUCAAACAUCCCUUACAAUUAAAAUUGGACAAUGGUUUUGUUUCAGACGGAAAUGAUUCCGUGACUAAACAUAUUACAACGCAAAAAGAAAAAACUGAACGUGUUUCACAGAAAGAAAGCAAUCCUGUAAAAGAAGAAUGCAGGCUCCCAGAAACAAAACUAAAAUAUUCAGAGCCAGAUAAUCAUAUUGCAUUUAGGGAAAGGAUAGAGCAAAAUUCUAUCAGAAAUAAUGCAGACUCUGAUAAUUCAAAUUUUGAUACAACAGCUACAUUUGAUGCACAACACCAAGCACUGUGUAAACAAAGUCAGCGUUCUUUGCUAGUCAUUUUGUUUUUUAGUCCUCUCUUUUGUUUAUUACUUGCUGUGCUUGUGAAUGUUUUAAUUAUAGCUAAUGUAGAUUUUUCAUCAUACAAGGGUAUUUUGACACCUUACAUUAUUUUUGCAAUCACACGACUGUGCCUUGAAAAAAAGUUUGAAGAAUCUCAAGGAAGCAGUAUGUUGGUGGCUGCAUUAGUUCUAUGUAAUAUUGACCCUGCCAUAGUUCACAGUUUUAAAAAGGUGUUGAGCGUGUGUAGUGCAAUUUCUAGAGAUUUUGCACUUUAUUUAACAAGCUUUGUAUUAUUUAAUUGGAUCAUCUCAAUUUCUUCGACUAGCACAACGAUUGUGCAAUUUUUGUAA